GCCAUCUGCAAACCCCUGCACUAUGGAACAAUCCUGGGCAGCAGAACUUGUGUCCACAUGGCAGCAGCUGCCUUCGGAAGUGGGGUUCUCAACUCUCUCCUGCACACGGCCAGUACAUUUUCACUACCCCUCUGCCAAGGCAAUGCUGUGCAACAGUUCUUCUGUGAAAUCCCUCAGAUCCUCAAACUCUCCUGCUCACACUCCUACCUCAGGGAAGUUGGGCUUGUUGUGGUUAGUCUCUGUGUAGUAUUUGGGUGUUUUGUUUUCAUUGUGGUGUCCUAUGUGCAGAUCUUCAGGGCUGUGCUGAGGAUCCCCUCUGAGCAGGGACGCCACAAAGCCUUUUCCACAUGUGUCCCUCACCUGGUUGUUGUCUCCCUGUUUAUCAGCACAGGCAUGUUUUCCUACCUGAAGCCCCUGUCCAUCUCCUCCCCAUUUUUGGAUCUUGUCAUGGCAGUUGUCUACUCGGUGGUACCUCCAACAGUAAAUGCUUUCAUCUACAGCAUGAGGAACCAGGACCUAAAGGAUGCCCUAUGGAAACUGAUCCAGUGGAAACAGAUCCACUGA